AUCAAACAUUGCAAAAAUCUUACAGGUCCAUCAUAUUUUCCUUCACACACUCUCUCUAUCUUUGAUUUCAUUCUCAUCAUUUCCAAAAAUGAAGAUUCUGGGUGGAAGGUUCCUUCAAAUUCUCUUUGCACUUCUGAUUUUACUGCGUAUUCAAACUUCCAUGGGAUUCUAUUCAACAAUGGCUGGUGAUGAAGUUAGGUGCAUAGAGAGGGAAAGACAAGCGCUUCUCGCAUUUAAGCAAGGUCUGGUUGACAAAUCUGACAGGCUUUCCUCAUGGGGCAGUGAAGAAGAGAAAAAAGAGUGCUGCGAAUGGGAAGGAGUUCAAUGUAGCAACACAACUGGGCAUGUCAUUGCACUUGAUCUAGGAUUUCAUGGUCUUUACUCGAGAGGUAACCUUAGUGCUUCCCUGUUUGAGUUGCAGCAUUUAACUUAUUUAAACCUCAGUUGGAAUGAUUUCAACUUAGGUCGCAUUUUAGAGUCUAUCACUUCACUGAACAAAAUACAAUAUCUUGAUUUACGAUAUUGUAAUUUGGGUGGAUUUCUUCCUACUCAGCUUGGCAACCUCACAAGUCUGAAGCAUCUUGAUCUUAGUGGUAACAAAUUCAACAUUGAAAAUCUUGAGUGGCUCUCUCUUUUUUCUUGCUUGCAAUACCUUGAUUUGAGCAAAAGGGACCUUAAUAUGGUCGACAAUUACUGGCUACAGGUAAUUAAGCUCUCUCGUCUAACCGAGUUGUCUCUGAAUGAACGUAAUCUUCGUGAUGUGAUCAUUCCUCUAUCUAUCCCCAUGAUUAAUACAUCUACUUUUCUCGCUUACCUUGACCUAAGCUUUAAUAAUCUGACUGCUUCCACAUUCCAAUGGUUGUUGUCCAAAUUCAACAAGAGCCUUGUUGAUCUCUACUUGUCUGGUAAUCAGUUUCAAGGUUUGAUUCCAGAAUCUCUCGGUCACAUGACUUAUUUGGAAACCCUAGAUCUCAGUGACAACCAGUUUGAAGGAGAGAUUCCAAAAUCCUUUGGGAACUUGUGCAAAUUAAGGUACCUAGACCUGUCUCAUAACAAUCUUGACCAAAUGCUUUCUGAACUCAUUGGUAACUUUUCUGGAUGUCUACAACUCUCCUUGGAAUAUCUUGUUUUGGAUGGAAAUAAAAUUAAGGGACCCUUGCCUAAUGUGAUAAAAAACUUCUCGUCACUACAAUGGUUGUCUCUUAACAACAAUCAACUAAGCGGUGCUCUGCCCAAAAGUAUUGGGCUCCUAUCAAAGCUUGUGCAGUUAGAAAUGUUUUCCAAUUCUUUUAAUGGGGUGAUCACUGAGGCACACUUCUCAACACUAAGUAAGUUACGGUACUUGGACAUGUCUUUUAAUCAUCUGAGCAUCAACUUUAGUUGUGACUGGAUUCCUCCAUUCCAAUUGGAUUAUAUAAUUUUGACGUCCUGCAAGUUGGGCCCAAAGUUUCCAAGCUGGUUAAAGACCCAGAGAGAGUUCUCUUAUCUUGAUAUCUCUAGUAGUGGGAUUUUAGAUAGCAUCCCAAAAUGGUUUUGGAAUCUAUCUUCUACAGCAUUUCAUGUGAAUCUUUCUUCCAACCAAAUCUAUGGAAUUUUGUCAAAUUUGUCAACAAAAUUUUCUGGUUCCUUCGGCAUUGGAAUAGAUUUGAGUAAAAAUAAGUUGGAGGGUCCAUUGCCAGUAUUCCCUCAUAAUCUCACAUCCAUAAUCCUAUCAGAAAAUAUGUUUUCCGGAUCAAUUUCUUCUCUCUGUACUAUAACUGGUGGGAAGCUUAGCUUCGUUGAUGUUUCAAACAAUCAACUAUUUGGAAAGCUUCCUGAUUGCAUGACACAAUGGACAAGUCUAGUGAUUCUGAAUUUGGCUAAUAAUCAUUUAUUUGGGAAAAUUCCAAGCUCUAUUGGAUCUAUGUCUCUCCUUGAAUCACUAAGUUUGCAAAACAACAAUUUCUCUGGAGAAAUACCUUCGUCUCUAGCCAAUUGCAGUGCCUUGCAAUUUUUGGACUUAAGUGAUAAUAGCUUCUCUGGAAUAAUACCAGCUUGGAUUGGAGAAAGGCUAAGUUCACUAACUUUCCUUCUUCUAAGAUCCAAUAAUUUCAGUGGAGACAUCCCCUUGCAGCUAUGCUGGUUGAGAAAUAUUAUGCUGCUAGACCUCUCCAACAACAAUCUAUCUGGAAGCAUACCAUGGUGCCUCCAGAAUCUUACUGCAUUAGCUCAAAAGGAGAGUUCAGCCCGUGAUCAUAGUUUUGCAGAUUCAUAUCUUAAAGCUGGUGGAUAUUAUUCAGGAAGUUAUGCUGACAAAUCAUCUGUAAUAUGGAAAGGACUGGAGCGUGAUUAUUGGAAUGGAAAUCUCAAGAAUCUGAGGAUCAUCGAUCUUUCAAGCAACAAAUUAACAGGAGGGAUUCCAGUGCAUGUAUCGAUUCUCUUCGAACUGGUUCAAUUGAACUUAUCAAGAAAUCAGUUGAUAGGAAGGAUUCCUGCAGAUAUUGGGCAGAUGAAACAGUUAGAAUCACUCGAUCUGUCACAGAACCAGCUUUCAGGUCAUCUUCCUUGGAGCAUGUCCCAAUUAAAUUUCCUCAGCACUUUGAAUCUGUCAUACAACAACUUUUCAGGGAGAAUCCCAUUGGGAGCACAAAUACAGACAUUUGAUGCUUCUGCAUUUGUUGGUAAUCCUUCACUCUGUGGGCUUCCUCUGACACCAACUUGCCCGGGAGAUGAAAAAUCAAAGAGCAAACCAACAGAUAGUGGUGGCAAAGACAAUCAAGAAGACAGAGCUGAAUUUUGGAAAUCAUUUAAAUCGGGUAUGGAACUUGGAGCGGCCAUCGGCUUUGUGGGAGUUGUGGCUGUGAAGUUCGAUCAUCCAUGGAAACAUAUCUGCAUCCUGUUUUACAACAACUUGAGGGUCCGCCUCAGAAACUUGAAGGACUGCCUUUAUUUACUUGUAGCAGCGGUUGGUUUGCGGCUGAGAGAGCAUGUGUCCAGAUUAGGAAGAAAGUUGAAGUUGUUUGAGAGAUCUGUCUCUUCCUAGAGGCCGGUAAAGGUUCAAGGUGCUUCAUCACUCGAGUUGCAAAGUGAACUUCCAGCAUGUCUUCUCCUCUUUCCACAUCAAUAAGUCCAAACUGAGCAGGGCAUUGUUUCUUUUUUUAAUUUUCUGUGUGUUUGGUUGUAAGGUCUGUUUAAAUUACACGGUUUGUGCUUUUCUUUUCUAUCACCCAUUCUGCAAAAAUUUGCUGGAAACUGCUAUGCAACAUGGAUUCAGUAGUGUGUAAUUUAUCUAGGUGCCCUCUAAAACCAACAUGUCAGGGAGAUGAAAAACGCAUAGAUUGCAGUGGCGAAGAAAAUUAUGAUGACAAACAAGUCAGUAAUGGCACCAAUGCUCUUACAGUAAUUCGUUUCCCUUUUUAUCUUUCUAUGUUUGACGCUUCUGCUUCUUUUUAUGCGCAUAGCUAUGCUCACAAAGCAUUUGUCUGGUGGAAAGGAUUUGAGUAUGAUUUUAAUAAUAUCACAUUUUUGAG